ACAGAGUGCGGCCGUUAAGGGCUCUUUGAGGCGCUGCCGCGGUGCAUUGUGGGACAGAGCGUGGCCGUUAAGGGCCCUUUAAGGCGCGGCCGCGGUGCAUUGUGGGACAGAGUGUGGCCGCGGGGAGGGCGCGGCCUCCGCCGCGGUGCAUUGUGGGUCCCUCCGGCGCGGCCGAAUGCUUUGCGUGUAUCUCCUCCGCUCGUUGGCGAACAGCGGUCGCUGUUAUGUGGGGUUUUCGGUAUCACCGGAGCGGCGAUUGAGACAACACAACGGCGGGAGGGCCCGAGGAGGGGCCCGAGCCACGGCGCGGGGGGGGCCGUGGGCUCUCGAACUCUUCGUUUACGGUUUCCCCAAUGCCAUCGCCGCCCUGAGGUUCGAGUGGGCGUGGCAGCACCCGGGCCGUUCCCGGCGGCUCCGCGGAUGGUGGGAACGCGGACGGUCGGAACGUGGAGCGCUGGGACGGGCGCUGCGCACCCUCCCCCUCCUCUUAAGGGCCCCCCCGUGGUGUCGCCUCCCCUUACGGCUCCGGUGGUUCCGGGAGAAGCCCCUCCCCCCGCUCAGCCCCGCCCCUCCCGGUCACGUGAUCGUCGAGCAGGGGAAGGAGGGGCUCCGUGAAGAGGAGGAGGAGGAGGAAGAGGAGGAAGUCCCGCCCCGACGGGAGUCAUGUGACCUGUGCGGGGAGGGGUAUGAGGUGUCAUGGCCGCCGCUGCGCUGCUGCCGCUGCCCCACGGCCGCCCAUCCCCCGUGCCUGGCCCGCGCCCUCCUGCCCCCCCACAGCCCGCAGCUCCUCCCCCUGCGGGGGGCGUGUCCGGGGUGCGGUGCCCCCCUGCUAUGGGGAGACCUGAUCCGGCGACACCGCAAGGCCCACGGCCCCUCCCCCGCCUCCACGUGACCCCCAACGCCCUUUUAUUUACAAUAAAAACCACCUUUUUUUAUUCUUCCCCCCCAUUUCCGGGUUUCCAACCCCACUUCCUGGU